UGUGUGUGCUUCUAUUGCUGCGAUUGCCACUACCACUGAACUGACUCUGGUUGAGUAUUUGCUGAAAGCAAGCUGGCAAGCAAGCCGUGAGUGACACAACGCAACGCAGCCAAAGCAUACAGUGGUUUUCGGUGGUUGGUGGGCCAGAAACGCAAUUCACAAAUUUCAUGUUCGUCUAUUCGGACCUAGGUUUCGGAGGUGCUCGCUCGCUCGUCGCAGUGUGUGCACUAUUACACGUCUCGUAACGUUUUUUCUUAAGUUUUUGUUCAAACCGAAAUACAACAAAAUAAAUUAAAAAAAAAAAAACAACAACAACACAGCAACAUAAAAAAAAUCAAUUCAAUUAACAACAACAAAAAUCCACUACAAUAAUAAAACAAAUUUAAAUCAAUCAACAAAAAUAGUAGAAAAAAACAACAACAAAAUAGCAACAAAAUUCGACAACAAUUCCUUCCACCACACAAUAACAACAAUAACAUUUGCAAAAUACCCAUUUUCCCCCCGUCAGCAAGAAAUGCAUUAAACAAAAAAUAUAAACAAAAGGAAUUUUAUUUCGAAAAAAUAAGAGAAAACAAUUUUUUGUAUGGAAAUUGAAAGAAAAAUAUAAAAUAAAACAAUUUUCCAGAGAAUAAAGAAAAGCAAAGGAAAUCAAGAAACAUCCCUUAAAGCAAGCAAGCAAGCAGUGCAGGAAAAGUGCAUCCAUCCAGCUAGCUAUCAGCUUCUCCUUUGAGGUAGAAGUAGGCAUUAAAACACCAACAACAACAAACUGCAAAACAAUCGCUUUUGCAUGGCAGAAAAAGCGAUAAUUAUCCCCUUUCUCAGCGGCAUCCAAGUGACAACAAAAUGUCAACGGCAAUGCAUUAUCUAUUAAGCAGAACAACAACUGCCCAUGGAAAUAACGCCACACGGAAACAUCAAGAAAAUUUGAAUCGUACGCAAAAACCUAAAAUGGUUGUAAUGUGAAAUUUAAAAAAUUAAAAAAAAAUGAAACAUUUUUGGCAUAAAAAUUAACAACAAAAUUAAUUGGCUUAAAACAAGGCAAACAAAAAAAAAAACGGAAUCUUUCGGUAGAAAAAAAACAAGUUUGGCUAAACUCAAAAGUAAAAAAAAAAAAAAAAAAUUUGGCAUAUUUUGGUAAAAAAGGAAAAAAUAAUAAAAAAUCCAAAAAAGUGUAUUUUGUAAAAUAGAAAAAAUUCUUUUUCGGCAUAAAAAUAUUAUCACACACAAAAAUAUUCAUUAAUUUACCAUAAUUAUGUAAUAACAUAAAAUACAACAAAAAAAAUUAAACAUUAUAUUAAAAAUAUCUAUUUAAAAUAAAAAAUCAUAUAAAUUAUCAUCUUUAUCAUCUAAAAAAAAAAAACAAAAAAUAUUAUAUUAAUUAAAAAUUAAUGGAAAAAAUAUAAAUUUUUAAUGUAACUUUUAAAUAUAUUCUUUUGAAAAAAAAAAAAAAACAAAAAUCUCGUCUAACCCGCCAAAAGGAUGACGACCACAUAAGAGUGUAAUUAAAUAAAAAUCAAAUAAAAUUUUGUUUUGAAAAUUUCGAAAUAUUCAAACAAGCAAGUUACAACAAUCAGCGAAAAACUUUUCACAACAAAUUGGGAACUAUUUUCAAAAUUAUUGGUUUGGACACACACAACAGCAAACUUUGAACACACAACAAUAGUUAAAAAGUUUGCUAGAAAAAUUUCGUUUCGAUCUAAAAAAAAAAAAAUCAACAACAACAAAAAAAAACAACCCCCCCCCCAAAAAACGUAAACAAAAACUUUUUAUAAAAAAUUAAAAAAUAUAUAUAUUUUCGUGUAAAAGAAAAUAUUCAACGUCAUCAUCAACAAAGGAAAUUCGAAUAAAAUCAACAGCAAGGAACUCUUUCCAUUGAAAAAGCUUAAGAAAUACAACUCCAGGAAAGAGAGAAGCCCAUCAUCCUGAAAAGUAAGCAAAAGAACACAGUGAACGCAGGACGGAUUCAUUCAUCAAGCAAUCGGAUAUUGCGUUGAACAUCCACAACAACAACAACAAAUUAAAUGCGAAAAACGCAUUUUAUUGGGAUUACAAAAAUAACAAAACAAAAAUCGGUUUGGCAACAACGACUUCAUUUCAUAAACAACAAAAACGACAACAAGAACAACAACACCCUUUGCUGUCAUCAAAAACAAACAGCAGCAACAUCAUCAUCACUAACCACAGCAAAAACAGUGGCCAUUUGGAAAAAGUGUCGCUGUUUAAGAAAAAGAAGAAAAAUUCAAAAUUCAUGGUUUGGCUUUUCUAACGUUAUUCAACAUAAUCCCAAUUUACAAAAUACCAACAACAAAAACAACAACAACAAAGUAUCUUAAAACUUCUUCAUCCAUCAUCAAAAUUUCUUUGAAUGUCAUCAAGUGCAUCUGCCAGAGCAACGACAUUUUGGUUUAUGUGACAUUUGGUUUUCAUGUAAAGCAAAGAAAUUAUUCACUUCAGCAUUUAUACAAAAUUCAAAAAUUCAAAACGCAACAACUGCGAAAUCGUCAAAAACAACAACAACAACGUCAUUACAUUUUUGGCUAUACCCAAACGGCAAUUAUUUUUCUGUUAAAACAAUCAAAUUUAUUCGUCGAUUUAUUUGUUUUUCUAAUUUGUUAAAUCUUCAAUAAGGUGGUCUUUGCGAUCCACUCUACGUACCUAACAACCAAUCAACACAUACCCCCCACAUCGCAGCAUCAUGGAUCCCCAACAACAGUUUUGUUUGAAAUGGAAUUCAUAUUCAUCAAAUUUGGCCAUAACAUUUUCAAAUUUAUUCAAAUCGGAUUUGCUGGCAGAUGUUACACUAUCAUGUGAUGGCACUGUUUUCAAAGCUCACAAAUUAAUAUUGGCGGCGUGUUCGAAAAAAUUUGCCGAUCUGUUUGAGACAACACCCACAAAUGGACAAUGUGUUGUCAUACUGGAGGCAACGUCCUCCGAUAACAUGGCGGCAUUGCUCGAAUUUAUGUACAAAGGUGAAGUACAUGUCUCACAAGAGGCCCUCAACAGUUUCCUCAAAUCUGCCGAAAAUUUACAGGUCAAAGGUUUGUCCACGGAAACAGGGCGUUUGGCAGCCCAACAGGCUCAGCAACACAUUGAAUCCUCUUCGCUGCUGGAUUCCCCCAGCCGACGCAGUAUACGUAACAGCAUUAGCGGUGCUGGCAACAACAGUCUAACCGGCUCUUCCAGCUUGGGUUCGGGUAACAUAAACAGUUCCGCCGGCGGCAUCAAUGCACCGGGCGGAGGUGGUGGCGGUAAUUUAGGUUUACCCGAACGUUGUCCCAGUACAGGAGGUAUAAUUAGUGGCCCACCAUCGGGUACAAAUAGUUCUGCUGGUGGUAGCUCUGCCGCUGGUUUAGGUAGCGGCGCUGGCGCUGCUCACCAUCUCGGUAGCUCUACCGGUAGUCUGAAACAAGAAUGCGAUUCACUCAUGCAUCCCAGUAGUUCAACAUUGGGAAAUAUGUCCUCAUAUGUGCCGCCCAUGUAUAGACCAAUUUCAUAUGAACCAUUGCGUAAACGUGCCCUCCGCAGUCCCUAUGCCGAACAGGAAGUACGUGGCAGUGUGCUGAGAGACGGUUCGAAAAAUCCAUCAGAGUGUCCAAGCCCGAUCAGUAAACCUCCCUAUCAUCGACCAUCGUCCAGUGCAUCGUCGACAGCACCAACAGAGGCAGAUACAAUGCAUUCGGAAAGGGCAUCGCCACAAUCGAGUCGUUACGAUAAUCACAGUCCCAGCACCACAGGAGGCAAUGGUAAUACAAAUAGCGGCACAUUGGAUAGAUCGGUUAAAAUGGAACGUAAUAAUGGCAGUACAAAAGAGGCUAACAACGAUGAUGAUCAUGAAGAUUUAGAUGAUCCCAGAGAGAACUGUGCUGAAGAUUUACGGGUUAAAUUGGAAAAUUCCAACUAUUCACCCCCACCACCACCCACCUCAAAUACCUCACCCACCACACCAACCGCUUUAUUGGAGAGCCUAAAAAAUCCUGAUGGCUCUUUGCCCGGUAGUUUAGCGGCUUCAAUACCACCCGCCGAUAUGUUAAAUGUAUGGAAUGCCACAAAAUUGAAUAAUAAAAACAGUGGCAUGGUAAAUACAGCUGAUGGCAAGAAACUUAAAUGUUUGUAUUGCGAUCGUUUGUAUGGCUAUGAGACAAAUCUGCGAGCGCAUAUACGGCAACGUCAUCAGGGUAUCCGGGUGCCAUGUCCGUUCUGUUCACGUACAUUUACACGCAACAAUACCGUACGCCGUCACAUUGCAAGAGAACACAAACAAGAGAUUGGCCUGAGUGCUGGUGCCACCAUUGCCCCAGCUUCCGUUGCCGCUGCAGCUGCGGCCGCCAAUCAUUCACAAUAGGAUGCGGCCGCAACAGCGGCGGCAGCAGUAGUUAUGAGUGCACAAAAAGAGGCUAAUAAACAACGUAAACGCAAGUCAUUAAAAAUGGCACUGGAGAAGUGUAUGCAGCGCAGAGAUGCUGGUGGUGAUCAACCACAGCAACCACAGGCGCCAAUUACUUCUCCAACCAUGACAGCUCCGGCUGUUCCUCCUGCUAGUACAACAACAUCGCCAACUAAGGCUCAAACCGAGUCAACAUUAGAUCUAACCAAGGAUGAUGAAGAUAAAAAUCUUAGCCAUGAAAUGGAUACCACAGAAACUGAAACCUCUAUGGAUACAUCCGCUGAAGUGGCUAAUUCAGAAUUGUCCAAAUCUAGAGUUGAAGAGGAGGAAGAAGAUGAGGAUUUGCAAUCUGCGGAAUCAUCGUUUAAUUGUCAAAAUUUAAGCAAAGAAACAAAUAACCAGGAUUCUUCAGAUGACAAACCCUUAGAUUACACAAAUUCUUCCUGCAACAAGGAGCCGAAGGCAGAAGUUGCAAAAGAGCACGAGCAGGAGCAGGAACAGGAGAAGGCGAUGGAGCAGCAAACUGUUACACAAGAAUCGCAGAUACAGCAGGAGAAAAAUAACAACAACAACGAUGAUCAGAAUGAUCAAUGUUAAAGAAAAAGAAUUAGCCUCUACAAAAAGUGAAUGAAGAAAUUGACAUCAAUUUUCAUUCAAAUCGCGCAGCACUCAUUGAGAGUAAAAAAAAGAAAAUGCCUAAAUAUUAAGAAAACUACUGUUGCAACUGCUGUUGCUGGAUGGAAUAAAACAAUAUGGCCAAAAAUAUUAUUUUUUGGCCUAAAAGGCUUUGUUAAGCAUAUGAAACAUGUGGAAAGCCUACAAAAAAGAGAUAAACUAAAACGCCAAAACUCUUUUAAUGCUAAAUUUAUGUUCUAAUCUUAACCGAAGAAAGCCUAAAAGCUGUAAACUAAUUUGUCAUUAUUAUGUACAGAGCUACUAUAAAAAAAUGUGUGAAUAAUUUGUUUUUUGUUUUGUAAUUGUAAUCGUUUAGUUUGCCAAGAAUUUUUCAGUUUCCAUUUUAAUUAUUAUUUCUCCGUGUUCAUUGUUGUUAAAAGAAAGAAAAACAAAUAGUACGAUUUUCUCGUUGUUACAUAAAAUCGUUAAAAUGCAAAUUUUAUAGCAAAGAAAACUAAAUCAAUGAAAGAAUGAAUGAAUGAAUUACAAUCAAUCAAUCAAGCAAAUAAUCAUUAUGAAAAGAAUCCGACUGAAAAAUCGUUUUCAGGGUGCUAAUAAUAUUUUUUAGUUUCUUUUUGUUGAUGAUCUUUAAUUUAAUUGAAUUGAAAAAAAAAAAACAAAAUCAAAACCAAAAAAGAAAAGAAAAAUGCAAAUUUAAAAGAAAACAAACAAAGAAAAUAACAUGAAUUUACAUAUUGAACGUUAUUGAAGGAAUGAAAUGAAAAGAGAAACAAACAAAGCCUUAAAUUAAAUAAAAAAGAAAUAAUAGUUAAAAUUCAAAAGAAAAAAUGAAAAGUCUAAAGAAGAAUAAUUACAACAAAGUUUGAACGUUUUUGGAUUGAUAAAAACAUAUAUAUACGUUUUAUUUUUUUAAGUUAUAUAUUCUUUUUAUUGUUUUCAAAACUACACAAAACAACCAUCAACACUAUGACGAGCCAGCCAUAUAACAACUACAAUAGCAAUAUAACAAAAUGCAAUAUUACAAAAGUACCUUAAAAAACAAACAAACAACUACAACUGCAACUGAAAUAAUCAAAAAAACAAUAACUCAAGACUAAGCCAUUUUUUGCAAUAGCCAAAAAAACAAAACAUUGACUAUUUUUAAAUACUUACUAUAAUAGUUUAUAUCAUUAAUUUACAAUACACCACAUAAUUUCAAAUCUCCAACUUUCCUCUCCGAACCCAUACACAAUGCUGUUUAACACAUGGACUGAAAAGUUAUAAUCACUUAAGGGAAAUUUUGCCAAAGGAUACUUUCUCUGAAAUAAGGCUUUGUAGAAUAUUUGAAUCUUUAUGGUACGAAGAUGGUCAUAGAAUCAAAUACAAUACAGAUUAGUUAUCAAAAUCAGUACAGUCGUUAGAAUUGCUAAGCAAUGGAAAAUAACUUCUAUUCGAUUCGAAGGCUUCCAUUUCUACAGCUAAUACAGAGAAGAAAUUAUUGUAGAAUUUGAAGACUAUUUCGGGUUUGUUGUUUGACAUUACAACAUCCGCCCAUAUUGUAACCUCUUUUAGUCCAUGUGUUAUUUUUCAUUCAAUUUUAUUUUCCAAUAGUACAAGCAACAACAAAAGCUUUCAAGCUUAAAAAAUUUAUUAUUUUUAUUUAUACAACUCCAAAAGUAUUUUAGUUUUUUUUUUGUUAUUUUAAGUUAACAUUUAAAUAUAUAUAUACCACAAGUGUCAUUAUACAAAACAACAAUAGCAAAUAAUAAUAGUAUGGAUACAAACAAACAAACAAACAUGGAAAUAGUAACCACAAGUACCUGCAAUAAUAUGAUUAAAUAAAAACCAACCAAUCAGAGUUGACUGAAAGUUUCGCAAGUCUAUAAAAUGUUAACCCCCCAUGCCCCUACCCUUUCAAGUGAGACUUUCCAACUCUGUAACUUCCUUUAAUAAUAUCAUAAACAACAACAAUUUAUUUAAAAACAAAACUGUAGUUUGUUAUAAUUUUUUUUUGUCAGUACAGCUUACCUUUAGUCCUUAUUCUAAUUCAAACUUUGAAAAACAAAAACCACUAUCUUUGGCUGCAUAAAAUUUAACCAACAAAAGUAAAAGCAAAACAAACACACACCAAAUUACAUUCUUUUUUGAUUUGUUCUUCAGUUCUAGAAGCAGAGGUAAAACGCGAAGCAGUUUUGUAGGACAAUAUGAUGAUGUUAUAUCUCAUAUAAGGAAUGCAGAUACAUUCCGAUUUGGGGUCCACAAAUUAAGUUAAUCUCACCAUUCAGGGAAAAAGUUAACGAUUUUCCUUUGGAGUCAUUUGUUUUUUUGCCAUUGCUGAGUUUGGUAACCUUCAAAUCAAGCUCUACAGUCCUCCACAUGAAUGAAUUAUAUUUCGUCUAAGAAGACAUAUCGUUUUGAAGCAUCCUUAUGGUCGUCCAUUCAUAUAACUUUGGGUUCAUAAAGAUAACUUUCUAUUGGCCUUAUAUAAAGACGUUUCAGGUCGUAUAAAACAUGGCAUUUGAAGACGACUUUAGACCACUCCUUCAGUUGUAUUCCAAUGAGUUCAAGGCAUGCUGUAAGGAUUAGUUUAAGGUGGUCUAUAUUAUGGACAAUUAUUGGCUGAUAUUUGUGUUGUCAGCAAUGUUUUUCCUGUAUAAGGACUUAUUUACAUUUGCCCAAAGGAUUUGGUUUAGUACAAGACUUAAGAUGGUGCACUAAAACAAUUUAGGCUGAACUAUGACCUAUCUAGAAAGACAACUGUCUUGAUAUUUCCAUAUAAACAUGGCUUGAGAUUUAAAACUUUAAUGGGACAAAAUUUGCUGUGGAACCUACAAUCUCUGCUUCCUUUGACCACAAAAAAAAAAAAAAAAAACAAAAAACAACACCUAAAUCUCAAAAUACCCUUUUCGGCAUUCAAAAUUCAAAAACUAAACCAAACAAAAUAGCAAAAAUAGAAAUUCAGAAAAACAAAAACAUUUUUCUUUAAUUUCUCUUACAACACAAAAAGAACCACCAACAACAAGAUGAACAAACAUUAAUUGUAAACAACAAAUAAACAUACAAACAACAAAAAAUAAGAAAUCGGUAAAUUGGGUGCCUAUAAUUAAUAUAAAUAAAAAAAUAUUUAAAAAUGUAGUUAAAUUUUUUUAUUAAAUCAAAUAUUAAAAACGUAACAAGAAAAAGAAUAAGAAAAUAAUAAAUAAAUACACGCAUACACACACAGACAGACACAAGAUACAAAAGUUAACAAAACAACAACAGCAACAAGACAAAGAUGAAAUAAAACAACAAAAUAAAACUACUACAUAACCAAAAAAAGCAACAAAUAAAUAAAUAAAUAAACUACAAUACAAGGCAAUUCAAAAACGUUCGCAUAAAACUUGUUAAAAAUAAAAAAAAACUAUUUUAACAAAAAUUAAUUUAAUGUUUAUUUCGUUUUUUUUCAUUUUCUUUAUAAAACAUGAAAAAAAAACUAAAGACAUUAUCUAACAAAAUUCCUUUUGGCACACCCUUUGAAAAACGUUUUUCAAAAAAACAAACCAUCUAGAAAACGAAAAAGAAACAAAAUUUGUACUUUUGUACUUUUCUAAACAAGAGAGAGAGCGAAAGAAAACCCAACCAAAACUUAUCAAAAUUCAAAAUUGCAUUUUUGGCUUAACAAAAAAAUGAAAAAUGAUUUUUUUACAUUUGAGAAAUUUUCUUUUCUUUUUUCACAUUUAUUUUUUCUUUUAAAAGCAAUAUUUGAAAAAAAAAACAAACACAAUUUGUAAAAAUAAUACAAUUGCGCUUUUAAGUUUUGAAUUCAUUUUUUUUUGUUUUAAAGAAAACAAAAAAUAUAUAUUAAUUAUAUUAUAAAUAACAUAACACUUAUAAUUAUAAUACCAACAACAUAUGUAGUAGUUUAUAAUUUAAUAACAAAACAAAAAGAAAACCAUACAACUUUUAGCAUUAUAAAUAUUUUAUAUAAUAUUAUAAUUCUUAUUACAGAAAAACAAAAAACAAACAACAAAUAAUGUAAAGAAAAAAAUAUUAAUUCAAUCUAUUACAACCAUAUAUGUUCUGUUUCUGUGAACCUUAAAGAAGCCUUUCAAAACUCUGAUAUAUACGAAAUAUAAAACAAAAAGAAAAUAUUAUGAAAAAAAAGAAAUAAUUUUAUACAAACAAACAAAAACAAAUAGCCAAAAUAGUUAAUAAUU